CCAUAAUGAUUGAACCAAGUCUGUGAAAUGCUAUAAGAAGAGCUGUUUUUCUUGUAAACUUGUCCUCAACUCUCUUUUGUAUCUUUUCUUCCUUGCCUAGUUGCUGUUGCCAUAUCAAAAAUGAGCAAAUUUUCGACUAGACUGGUUUAUUUAAACUACACUAUCAUUCUUGGCCUUCUGGUAUUUCAAUGGGGCAAUACUGCUGGAGCAUCUUUGCCGCGGGUUUCAGGAGGCAUACCGAAGCUGGUAGCACCAGUAGUUGGAGGACUGGUUCCGGCAGUAGAACAGCUGGUUUUCCAGGACUUGAAGCUAUCUUUGGUUUACCCAAUUAUUCAAAAUUUCAAGAACUUGAUCACUUCUGAUCCUUUAGGUAUCACGAAAUCAUGGGUUGGCUCGGAUAUAUGCAAGUACAAGGGGUUCUUUUGUGACAACCCCCCAUACAACAAAAGUGCCAUAGUUCUGGCAUCCAUUGAUUUCAAUGGCUUUCAGUUAAGUGCUCCUUCACUGGAUGGCUUUCUUGAUCAGCUUCCUGAUAUCGCGCUUUUUCAUGCUAAUUCCAACUUCUUCACCGGCACAAUUUCAUCAAACAUUGCGAAUCUACCUUUUCUUUAUGAGCUAGAUAUAAGCAACAAUUUGUUUUCUGGAUCAUUUCCAACAGCUAUUUUAGGUAUGAAUAGCCUCUCUUUCUUGGAUAUCCGGUUCAAUAUGUUUACCGGAUCUGUCCCUCCUCAACUCUUCACAAAAGACCUCGAUGCACUCUUUAUCAACGAUAACAACUUCAUGCAAAGGUUGCCUGAUAAUCUUGGCAGCUCUCACAUUCUUCUUCUUACAUUAGCCAACAACAAAUUUUUCGGUCCAAUCCCACGUGACAUUGCCAAGGCCUUGUCUAGCCUGACAGAAGUCUUGUUCUUAAACAACGACCUAAGCGGUUGCUUACCUUAUGAACUCGGGCUACUGAAAGAAGCUGUAGUGUUUGACGCAGGCAAUAAUCAAUUAUCUGGCCCAAUACCAUACUCCUUAGGAUGCCUGGAAAGCGUUGAAGUUCUGAAUUUCGCUGGUAACAUGUUUUCUGGUAUGGUGCCUGAGGUUGUAUGUGCACUUGGAAACCUGGCAAAUUUAUCUUUAUCCGACAAUUAUUUCAUACAAGUAGGGCCGAUUUGCAGGAGCUUGAUCAGGAAAGGCGUGCUUGAUGUUCGGAGAAACUGCAUUCCUGGACUUCCAUUUCAAAGAUCAAUUAUGGAAUGUGCAUCAUUCUUUUCGCGGCCUCGACAUUGUCCAUAUUAUGCUUCCUACUUCUACAUUCCUUGCUGGUUGCCCAACUUCAGUUCUCCUCCAUUAGCUACUCUUCUAGCCCCUUCUCCAAUAUAGUGUUGGAAUGUUUGCUUAAUUCUGUAUGCAGGUUCAUUGUAUUUUUCCACUCAAAAAUCAUAUAUUCUUCAUAAUAAUAAUAAUUGGAACCACUGGAAAUCACAUUUUCAAACCCUA